UAUAAUAUGUACCUACGUAAUAAAUAAUAAUAAUAAUAAUAAUAAAAUUAUAUCUGCGAUAUUGUCAGCCGACGAUUUGUGGGUGUUUUUUUUUCUUCCGUUUUUCAUUUUAUUUCGUUAUAAAGUAGUCUAUCGCGCGCGAGCUUGUGUGUGCGAGUGUGUGCCGAUUGAUAAUAAAGCCUAAAGAUCACUAGUCGCGUCACCCUUGGGCUAUUCGGAAACCGUCGACCAGAGACCGCAUACGAAUUUUUGGCCAUGCCUAUGACGAAGAUGUUGUCUGUCGAUUGAUAUAGUGAGCACGGCGGUAGACAGGGUCUGUUUUGCUGUGCUGUUGGGCGGUGAACACCGUCGGCACGUCAUCCCAAUCCGGACACGAUCGCUCUUUUGCGAGUCGUCCGCCGACAACGGAUUUUUUUUCUACGCGGACGGCGGUUCUGAGCGUAGUCCCUCCACCGUCGACGACGACGAAACUCAAAAAUGACUUUUUUUGGACUUGGACAAACGGCGGAGUUGGAAAUAAUCUUAGAUCGACCAGAUGGAAAAAAGAAAUUAGAUGAAAGCAGUAAAAAAGAUCAAAGUUUAAUAUAUUAUGACGGAGAAACCGUAUCUGGAAGAGUUAAUGUUAUACUAAAAAAGUCUAGCAGUCGUUUGGAACAUCAGGGUAUUAAAGUUGAAUUUAUAGGCCAAAUAGAAAUGUACUAUGAUCGAGGUAACCAUCAUGAGUUUACAUCACUAGUCAAGGAACUAGCCAGGCCUGGAGAAAUGUUGCAGAAUACUUCAUAUAAUUUUGAAUUCUUAAAUGUAGAAAAACCUUAUGAAACAUAUACUGGCUCAAAUGUGAGGCUGAGAUACUUUUUGAGGGUUACCGUCAUACGAAGAAUCUAUGACAUAGUAAAAGAAAUGGAUAUUAUAGUACAUACUUUAUCUUCUUAUCCUGAUAUGAAUAAUAGUAUAAAAAUGGAAGUAGGAAUUGAAGAUUGUUUGCAUAUUGAGUUUGAAUACAAUAAGUGCAAAUACCACUUAAAAGAUGUAAUUGUGGGUAAAAUUUAUUUUUUACUAGUACGAAUAAAGAUUAAACACAUGGAAAUUGCCAUCAUUAAAAGAGAAACUACUGGAUCUGGUCCCAAUACAUUUAAUGAAAAUGAAACUAUAGCUAAGUAUGAAAUAAUGGAUGGAGCACCUGUUAGAGGAGAAAGUAUUCCUAUUAGAGUAUUUCUUGCUGGUUAUGAUCUCACACCUACUAUGAGAGAUGUAAACAAGAGGUUUUCAGUCAGAUAUUUUUUAAACCUUGUCCUAAUGGAUGAAGAAGAUAGACGCUACUUUAAACAACAAGAAAUAACAUUAUGGCGGAAAGGAGAAAAACAUUUAAAAGGAAUGCAAAAUCGUAAUGAACCUUCUCAUUUAGUUUCUGGUAAAGAUGGGCCUAAAGGAAGUGAAGCUCCACGAACUACAACUCAAUCAGUUCAUCAACCAUCUGGUUCAUUGGACAAUACUGACUCGGAAAAUGAUCAUAACCAUUCCCCAAUGAAUGAAGGCGAUGAUGAACAAAUACGUUCAUCAAUUGAAGAUAGUACUAGUGAAUAAUAUGAAAUAGUAAUAAUAUUGUUAAGUGUCUACAAAAUGCCAUUUAUUUUGAUUCCGAAUUUCUUUAGAAA